AUGACGCUGCGGACAAACACAGGCAAGCACUGCUUCCCAAUGGCGGUCAUACCAAAUAUCGAUUAUUCGCCCAAGCGCGAUCCUCAGCGCCAAUUCGACUUCUACUCGCCGCCCGUCCCGACGCGCUCGAUUGUCGUCUUUGUCCAUGGCGGCGCGUGGAGAGCGUAUGUACCGUCCGAUUCAUCCCGAUGCGCGUGUGCUCACUGCUACGCGCACUACGCCCACAGCGAAGACAAGGCCGAUCAUGCACCCCUGGCACAGAGCCUGUGCAAGCAUACGCAGCUCGCCGUAGCUGUGCCAAAUUACCGGCUCACUCCAAGCAAUCCCCAAGCCGGAGACGAUGUCUUCAGGCAUCCAGGCCAUGCAGAGGAUCUCUUGCAUUUUCUUGAAUUUCUCAUCCAGUGGCCUGGGCCUGAUGGGAUCACUGGGGUCGGAGGGGGCAUCCGUCGGUUGUACCUCAUCGGUCAUUCCUGCAGCGCGCACAUGCUGGCGUCCAUCUUCCUCGACUCGUCCAAGGUCACACCGUCGCUCGGCCCGUCUGCCACCCUCCUCGAGGCAGUAAAGGCCAUCGUUAUGUCCGAGGGCAUAUACGAUAUCCCCUUGCUGCUCUCCAGCUUCCCGGCUUACCUUGGCUGGUUCAUCGCGAACACCUUUGGGCAACACGACUCCUACGAUCAGUUCUCAACCACGCGUCUCCCCCUCAGAACCAGUGAUAUCAGAUGGUACAUCAUCCAUUCCAAAGACGACACGCUCGUAGACGAGAUCCAAAGCCAAACGAUGUACGAUCGCUUACACACGCUGCUGGGAAGUAAAGCGACCGAGGGUGUAUCCAAGAACAUGGAUCAGAUUACUGGCGACCACAAUGCCAUCUUCAAGGGCGAUGCCUACGUCCGAACAGUGGGAGACUAUAUCACGCGUAUAGACAGUAAUUGA